GAGCCAAUGCAUGUGACGUUUUGAGACAUCGCCGAAUCAAGUUUGUUUGUAAAUCCGGUUCGCGCACCUGCCUUCGCCUUUAUAUACUCGAAUCAUGCAAGAAAUCGGCUGAGCUACGCAGCCGUGCCGCAGUCAUGGCCCGCCCGCCCUGCGCUCAACAUAGCCCAGACCGAGCACGGUGAUACGCGACGCCACAGUGUAGUGAUGAAGAAGUGAUCGUGAACCUGGCCCGGUUAUGAAGUGAGGAUGUCUCAAGCGCCAUCCGGCAAAAAAGGCGGAAAGGGUCCGCCUAAGAAAAACACCGAAGAUGAUAAAUCAGGAGCGGCAAAGGUCACAGAUGAUAAGGAUGAGACGUCCUCCGCCAACGGUGAUAAGAAAGAGAUUAAGGAGGGCAAUGGAGAUGUUCCAAAGCCUCCCAGCGCGGGGGUCAACAUGCGGGAGGCGGCAGCGAAGGUGCUGGUGCUGGCCCAGAAGACGGAAUGGUCGGCGGUGGAGAACACCCUCAAGGUGCUGGAGAAGCUGGUGGCGGCCGGCGGAGAGGACGCCGUCACCGUGCCCAUGGCGGGCAUACACGAUCCGGCCACGGGCAUGACACCCCUCAUGUACGCAGUGAAGGACAACCGCACAUCCUUCGUGGAGCGGCUCAUCGAGCUGGGCUCAGACGUCGGCGCGAGAAACAAUGACAACUACAAUGUGUUGCACAUCUCUGCGAUGUACUCCCGUGAGGACAUCGUUAAGCUGCUGCUCUCCAAGCGAGGGGUUGAUCCUUUUGCCACCGGAGGGAGCCGACAACAGACAGCGGUCCACCUCGUGGCCAGCAGGCAGACCGGCACGGCCACCAGCAUCCUUCGGGCCCUGCUCACGGCGGCGGGGAAGGACAUACGGCUGCGAGCGGACGGAAGGGGCAAGAUCCCGCUCCUGCUGGCGGUGGAGGCGGGCAACCAGAGCAUGGUGCGCGAGCUUCUCAGCGCACAGACCGCGGAACAGCUCAAGGCAUCGACGCCCGCCGGCGACACGGCGUUGCACCUGGCAGCGCGCCGGCGCGACGUCGACAUGGCGCGCAUCCUCGUCGACUACGGCGCCGCCAUCGACGCCACCAACGAGGCCGGCAUGACGGCCCUGCACAUCUCCGCCGCCGAGGGCGACGAGCCGCUCGUCAAGUACUUCUACGGAGUCAGGGCUAAUGCAGCCAUUGCUGAUAAUGAAGACCGGACUCCGAUGCACUUGGCGGCGGAGAACGGGCACGCGGCCAUCAUCGAGCUGCUGGCGGACAAGUUCAAGGCGUCUAUCUUCGAGCGCACGAAGGACGGCAGCACGCUCAUGCACAUCGCCUCCCUAAAUGGCCACGCCGACUGCGCUAUGAUGCUCUUCAAGAAAGGAGUUUAUCUCCAUAUGCCUAACAAGGAUGGAGCCCGCAGCAUACAUACAGCGGCACGCUAUGGACAUGUUGGAAUCAUCAACACCCUCCUACAAAAGGGGGAAAGCGUGGACGUGACCACUAAUGAUAACUACACGGCUCUUCACAUAGCAGUGGAAUCCUGCAAACCUGCUGUGGUGGAGACCUUACUCGGUUAUGGAGCUGACGUUCACAUUAGAGGAGGGAAACAGCGAGAAACGCCUUUACACAUAGCUGCGAGAAUACCUGAAGGUGAUAAGUGCGCAUUGAUGCUUUUAAAGUCUGGAGCCGGGCCGAACAAAGCAACCGAGGAUGGAAUGACACCGGUUCAUGUGGCAGCUAGAUAUGGAAAUUUGGCAACUUUGGUACUUUUAUUAGAAGAUGGAGGAGACCCGUUAAGGAAGACUAAGACUGGAGAAACGCCUCUUCACAUGGCUUGCAGAAGUUGUCAACCGGACGUCGUACGCCACCUCAUAGAGUUCGUGAAGGAACAUAAAGGCGAAAGCGUCGCGACUUCAUACUUGGACGCCGUAGAUGAUGAUGGAGCAAGCGCUCUUCACUACGCUUGCAAAAUCAAAAAGGAAGAAGUAAAAAUUCCCGCAGCUGACAGAGAAGUUGUCAAAUGCCUCAUAGAAAAUGGAGCUGAUGUAACCCUUAUAACAAAACAUAAUCAUGAAACGGCAUUUCACUUUUGUGCGAUUGCGGGAAAUAAUGAUGUGAUGACAGAAAUGAUAACACAUAUGUCAGCUGCUGACGUUGGUAGAGCUCUUAACAAACAAAACUCUGUCGGUUGGACGCCGCUUCUCAUAGCAUGUCAUAAAGGACAUAUGGAACUGGUCAGUACACUAUUAUCCAACCAUGCCAGGGUAGAUGUAUUCGACGUAGAAGGGCGAUCUGCUUUGCACUUAGCAGCUGAACACGGUUAUUUACAAGUCUGCGAUGCACUUUUAACCAAUAAAGCCUUUAUCAAUUCUAAAGCCAGAAACGGAAGAACGGCACUGCACUUGGCAGCAAUGAAUGGGUACGCGCACUUAGUGAAAUUUUUAAUACGAGACCAUAACGCCAUGAUAGAUGUGCUUACACUAAAAAAGCAAACGCCGUUACAUCUAGCUGCGGCUAGCGGACAAAUAGAAGUUUGUAAGCUUUUGUUAGAGCUCGGGGCAAAUAUCGAUGCUACUGAUGAAUUAGGUCAGAAACCCAUACAUGCCGCUGCACAAAACAAUUAUUCAGAGGUCGUGCAGUUAUUUUUACAGCAACAUCCAAACCUAGUAAUGGCCACUACAAAGGACGGCAAUACAUGCGCACAUAUAGCUGCUAUUCAAGGUUCAGUGAAAGUUAUUGAAGAACUCAUGAAGUUCGAUCGGACUGGUGUUAUUUCCGCCCGUAAUAAAUUGAACGAAUCUACUCCGCUGCAGUUGGCCGCAGAGGGAGGGCAUGCAGACGUGGUCCGAGUCCUCGUAAGAGCGGGUGCAUCUUGUACCGAUGAGAACAAAGCAGGCCUCACCGCUGUACAUUUAGCUGCUGAACAUGGACAUACUAAUGUAUUAGAUGUUAUGAGGUCAACAAACACUUUGAAGAUAUCGAGUAAAAAGCUGGGCCUUACUCCAUUACACAUAGCAGCAUAUUACGGACAAGCUGAAACCGUUCGCGAGCUGCUGUCCUAUGUUCCGGGGACUGUAAAGUCAGAAGCCCCAACCGGUGUAUCCCUAGUUCCCGUACUAGGAUCAGAGUCCGGACUGACUCCACUUCAUCUGGCGGCCUACAACGGCAACGAAAACGUUGUGCGAUUACUACUCAACUCGGCGGGAGUGCAAGUGGACGCCGCUAGUACAGAAAAUGGCUAUAAUCCACUUCAUCUUGCGUGCUUCGGUGGGCAUAUGUCGAUCGUCGGUCUUUUACUCAGUAGAUCGGCGGAGUUACUACAAAGCACAGAUCGGCAUGGAAAAACUGGGUUGCAUAUAGCUUCUACCCAUGGACAUUACCAGAUGGUUGAGGUGUUACUCGGCCAGGGCGCAGAAAUCAAUGCCACAGAUAAAAACGGUUGGACGCCAUUACACUGUGCAGCGAAAGCCGGGCACCUCAACGUUGUCAAACUUCUAUGCGAAUCUGGGGCAUCACCUAAAAGUGAAACGAAUCUAAAUUGUGCACCUAUAUGGUUCGCCGCAUCUGAAAAUCACAACGACGUCCUUGAGUACCUGUUACACAAAGAGCAUGACACACAAUCUUUAAUGGACGACAAACGAUUCGUUUACAACCUCAUGGUGUGCUCAAAAAAUCACAACAAUAUACCAAUAGAGGAAUUCGUGCUAGUUUCACCGGCGCCCGUUGAUACAGCCGCUAAGUUAUCCAACAUCUACAUUAAUUUAUCUACUAAGGAAAAGGAGCGUGCCAAAGACCUCAUCGCCGCGGGAAAACAAUGCGAGGCGAUGGCCACCGAGCUGCUGGCGCUCGCGGCGGGCGCGGACUCCGCCGGGCACAUCCUCACCGCCACCGACAACCGAAACAUCGAAUUCCUCGAUGUUCUCAUUGAGAAUGAACAAAAAGAAGUCAUUGCUCACACAGUUGUUCAAAGAUAUCUGCAGGAACUCUGGAGAGGGAGCCUCAAAUGGACUGGCAUCAAAAUUAUGUUCCUUUUUUUCGCAUUUAUAAUCUGUCCACCUGUUUGGAUGGUGUUUUCUCUUCCAAUUUUAAAAUACAAUAAGGUCCCAAUUAUUAAGUUCAUGUCAUAUUUGACUUCUCACAUUUACCUCAUGAUACUGUUAGCUUUAGUGGCAAUUACGCCCAUUUAUAACUCUAUAUUUAGGGAAAGUUUAGUACCGAGAUGGUACGAGUGGAUGCUGCUCAUCUGGUUGAGCGGUCUUCUUUUGUUCGAGCUAACUAACCCCAGUGACAAAUCAGGCUUAGGGUGGAUUAAAAUAGCAGUAUUAAUGUUGGGUAUGAUAGGGGUAGCAGCGCAUGUCGUGGGCUGGAUAUUUGUCGAAAAAAAAUACUGGCCAACUCUAAUGUACUGUAGAAAUCAGUGUUUCGCCUUAUCAUUUUUACUAGCUUGUGUUCAAAUCCUGGAUUUCUUGUCAUUCCAUCAUUUGUUCGGGCCAUGGGCCAUUAUUAUAGGUGAUCUCAUGAAAGACUUGGGAAGGUUUCUCGCAGUGUUAGCGAUAUUUGUAUUUGGUUUCUCGAUGCAUAUCGUCGCGUUAAACCAGCCAUUCAGGAAUAUUGUCAAACCAGAGGACGCAAAAGUUGCAAGAACGGCUCGGAGGAAACUGUUUUCCGACGUGACCAUGAAUCCAAUAUUCUCGUUCGAGCUGCUGUUCUUCGCGGUGUUCGGCCAGACGACGACGGAGCAGACGCGCGUGCACCGCAACGACAGCAACGUGCAGCCGCUCUGGACCAACUAUCUCUUCAAAAUAGUGUUCGGGAUCUACAUGCUGGUGUCCGUGGUCGUGCUGAUCAAUCUGCUCAUCGCUAUGAUGUCAGAUACGUACCAGCGUAUUCAGGCUCAAUCAGACAUCGAGUGGAAGUACGGGCUGUCGAAGCUGAUCCGCAACAUGCACCGCACAACCACCGCCCCGUCGCCGCUCAACCUCGUCACCACCUGGCUCAUGUGGCUCAUCCAAAAGUGCAAGGGUCGCAUAACAAAGAAGAAGCGUCCAAGCCUGGUGCAUAUGAUUGGAUUGCAGAGGCAGGAUCAGAUGAGCGCGAGGACCAAGGCUGGUGCCAAGUGGCUGUCCAAGGUGAAGAGGGGACAAGUUGUGCCCAAAGACUCUACACGUCUCUCAGUGGUGCACCUGAGCCCACUGGGUUCCCAGAUGAGCUUCAACAACAUGACAAGAAUAGAAAACGUCGUGGACUGGGAGAUCAUAGCGAAGAAGUACCGCGCGCUCAUGCGCGACGAGCCCGAGGAGCCGGUACUUAAGGAUACCGACUUGGAGGAGGCCGACAAUACGUCAGAAAUAAUCCCUAACAAUGUAGGGGCUCCGCCUUGAAGUCAAAGGAAGAUAGUGAGGAAUGCGUUUAUAAACAUUUUAUAAACAAACUUCAACCUUCACCACGAAGCGGCCUGCGUGCCAAUGCCAAGCAAUCGUUGACGAAGUGUCAGGAUCUGACCAGGAGUUUGGGACACUUUAUAACGUGAACACUACCUAUUCUUAAUUCUUUUCAAGUUUUUCAACUUCUUCAUUUUUACAAAGUUUUUAAUUAAUUGGACGGCAUCUGGGUCGCGUUUUAUAAUGGCGGUAUGAUCGCUUCUAGACUCAUGGAUAUUCAUUUUGGAUAAAGGUAUUUAAAAGUAACGCUUCUAUACAAUCCUUGUCCUGUAUCACAUAUAAUAAUAAAAAGAAAUCAUAAGUUUCAUAUAUACUAACUGUACAUACAGGCUGUUUUUGUUGUGUGACUAUAAAGUCAGAUAUAACAAAACAACAUACCUCCUGAACAACUUUUACAAUGGCGCCAAAUUUCUGUCUAGCCGAUUAUUUUUCGCGGUUUCGGGGUUCGCCCGUUACUAAAAAUUGUUCGUUAUAACCUACAUAUUCACGCCUCAAAGUAUGGUCCGACACAACAAAACCAGCCUGUAUGAAACUUAUGAGAAUUGGGCCGUAAUUACCGUAGCGUCUUUAUAUGCAAUUUACUUUUACUUCUUACAUUUUAGCUUAAAACGACUCGUCGUAAUGUGUUUUCAUUACUUACCUAUUCUUUGUUUUCAUCAACUACUUAUUUAAUUAUUGUGCAUCGUCAACCUCGGCUUUACAAUCACCACGACCAAUGUCAAGGGUGCCCCACUCAAGUGUGAAUGCGGAGUGCAGACCGAAUUUUUCGCAAUAUGUUAUUGCAACAAUUAUUUUUUGUACAUUUAAUAUGACGGUAUAAAGGCUUUUUAUCUUGCAUUAAGAUUGGUACAUUUUCCGAUCUUCAUUGGGUAUUUUAAAUCGGUGUAAUGGUCUAUUCAAAAAAGAUGCACCAUGCUGUAUGCGGACCAAUCUUAUUGUAUAUAUAUAUAUAUAUUCUGGCCCUUUUAUUAUCCUAAAGUAAUCACUACGAAACCAUGUAAAAUUAUAAUAUCGAUAUCGCUUCAAUAUACAUAUUGUAAGUAAGCCGAAAAAUUACGAACGUUAAAUUUAAAAGGGAACUCAAAUUUGUAUUAAUUUUUCGUAAACAAAAAUCAAGUUCGUAAUAGGCACUUGACUUCAUCGUAGGUAUUACAUGGAAGUGAAAACUAAUAAUGUAAUCACCAUAUGAAAAAUAUAGAUAUCUGCUUACUUAUUAUAAUACCCGUCAUUAAUAUCUAAUACUUAAACAUGAUUGAAAAUUGAAGAUACCGCAUCCUAGAUAUUUACCUAUGUUUUCACCAGUGUAAAUCAAAACCGCAAAUUACUUUCUGUGGUGACAGCAAAUUUAAUAACAUGAAGAAUAUUAUAACUAUUAUAAGUUAAACAUCCUAGUGUUUGACAACCAAGCGUCCCGAUGCCAACGAUUAGGGAUAAAUGAAAUGACUAAAAUGAUUUUUUCUUUACGAUUGAGUAUAUUUUGCAAAUAUUUUGGUUUUAUAGGAACAGUCUCACGAUUAAAACAAAAAGCAUUUAUUUUACUCUCACGGGACAUUUCCGUUUUUCGUGCGAAAAUAGUCAAUCGCAAGUCGGCAGUCGGACCGGUGCAUGCCUUCCAGUAGUUAAGAACAUGUUUACCACAUCUAAUUUGUUAAUAAUUAAGGUUGAAGGUGGCAACUAUUGGUGCAGUAUCAAGCACUAGGUUAUCUAAUCUACGUUAUUGUAAAUAUAAAAUGCAUGGUAGAUAUAAAAAUAAUCUUCGUUUUUAACAUUUUGUACAAUAACUUUUUUAACUUUUAGAUUUCUGAAUAAUUUAAGUCGAGAUUUAAAGCAAUAAAUAAGUUAGUAUUUUACCUUUAACAUUUACUUAUAGUUAAGUUUGUUUAAAAUUAUAUAAUAAGAUACUUUUAAUAUGGACCGAAUGUUUGUGAUAGUGAAAAUAAUAUUUUUCCAUCUAAUUAAGUAAGUAAGUAGGUAUUGUAUUGUAAUAAAGUAGAGAUAGAUAAUUAAACCAAUUAAACUUGUCCUAUUUGUUCUUUUAGAAACCUAAAUAUAUUUUUGUAAAUAAACGUGUUGUGAAUUUGUGUA